AUGUCGGCAGGUCUCAAUGUUGACAUACACAACACAAGUGCAAGUGCAGACACUGAUGUCAGCUCGGUACUUGCGCAGCCGCUUGCUACGUCAGCUGGCGCCGCACGAUCCGAAGCCAUGUCGCUGCUGCAAGUAGAAAAGCAGCUCGACGCAGACAUUGCGCGUCACAUGGACGUUCUGAUUGGGAAUGGGGUGGAUAUGCAUACUGCGUUGAUCGAUGCACAAGGAUUUCCGCUAGCCAACAAGGAUCUGAUGGCAAUCCGAUCGGCCAAGCAACGGAUCAAUGUAUUACGAAACGAUCGGAAAGCGGUAAGGGAGCGGAUCUCGAAGCUGCUCGAAUUGGCGAUCAACGGCGAUGCUGUAGAGCAGACAUCGGCGCGGAGCAAGGCGGAAGCUGGGAAGAGCGAGGAAAGGAAAGCGUUUGCCAAGGUCAACUCGGUAGCAGAGAGCAGUCCAGCGCAGACAGCAGGUUUGAUCGAGGGCGAUCAGAUUAUCCGGUUUGGUUCAGUGACUGCUGCCACCUCGAACGCAUUGGCGGCGUUAGCAGCACCGGGUGCGGUGGUAGAUGGAACGAGCGUUGAAAUUCAAGUCACGAGAAACGGCGAGGCGGUGGAUCUAACGUUGACACCGAGAGCGGGUUGGGGAGGAAGGGGCCUGCUCGGUUGUCACCUCUUGCCCUUGUACACUUUGCCUACACGCCGCUAA